AUGAAGUCAUGGCAAAUGGUGUGGUGUAGACAUCAGAUGAGAGAAGUUUUUGAAGGAAGCAUUGGGCAUCAGCUGGUAAUUCGACCGGUUCCAUUGGACGUUUCAAAAGCUGCAGAUGGAAGUGCACAUCAUGUUGUAUUCAAACGAAGUAACGACCAAGAACUCGAUGAAAAACUCAGUGACUUUGCUUAUAUGGAGCCAGAUCGUUUGCCUAAACGUAGUCGACGCUCUACAAAUGAAGAAGACAAUGAAGAAAGAACAAGAAUGUUUUAA